AUGUUUCUGCCUUCAUAUCUAUAUAUUUUUUUUUGCUUCAUCCACUUUCCCCCGAAUAACAACAUAAGGUGUAGGCGUGAGGCCUACUUGUGUCUAGUGGCCGUGUGUAGGUGGCAGCGUUGCAACAACGCUGUGAGAACGCCUGCUGUGGCUUUUCUGCGGAGGGGUGGAGAGAAGCUUCAUGUGGCGCCGGGGGAUUUUACUUCUCGCACCACCUCGCGUGCUCUGUCUUACAAUGGCGCCAGGUGGGACUAUGGCGACGGCGCUCACGCAACUCGGUUACAAGCCGUACACAUUUCGUCACACAUUUACAGAGGGACGCGUCGGCACGCAUCCGCAGGAGUGGUGCGCGGUUCUUGA